AUGACUGAAUAUUACGGAACUCUUCAGAAGAGACCGUUGGAACAAGAGUCUGUGGCAGAGGGAAAUGGUGGCUUGGAGUCUGGGAAGAAAGCGAGGGGAGAUUCUGACGUGUUUGCCGCGAGGAGUCCGGAGAAUGAGGACGUAGAUGUGGAUGCGGAUGCGGAUGUGGAUGCGGAUGCGGAUGCUGAUGCAGAUGCAGAGGAAGAUGCUCAGAAGGAUAUACUGGAAGAAACUAAGGCCGACGAAUUGGACGAAGUGGUUGAUGAAUACGAAGAGAAAGAAGUCUCUUCUAAUUUCAACGGUACGGCAUCUGACCAUGUUGGUAUAACAUCUUCUAACACAGGUUCUACAGCACUAGCUGCUUCUUCGGCUGAUACUAAUAGCGGUAGUGGUAAUGGUACUGGUACCAUGGCCACUAAUGGUACUUUGAGCGAUAGACAGUAUGCCCCCCAGAAACCGGAACAUCCGAUAAAGUUGGAAAGACGUUCGGUUUCUAGGAAGUAUGUUUUCCCUGUCAUUUCAAAAGAGGAUUCUCUUAAUGCCCGUUCUUACUUGAAACAGUUUGGUUCCGCUAGGUUCUUGGACGAUUACCUACCAGAGGACUUGAACUCUUUAUACGUGUAUCAUAUGAUCAAGUUAUUGGGAUUUCAGAUCAAAGAUAAAGAAUUGAUGCUUGCCAUACAGGAAGUGGUCCAUAACGCUGACAACGAUGAUAGUUUACCUCAGAAGAACAGCUCUGAAACUAAAAAUGUAUCAGAUACAUAUACAGCUACUUAUCCAAGUCCAAGUUUCGAAGAUCCUUUAGAAAAGAAGCAUGCUGUUAGAUUGAUCAAAGACUUGCAAAAAGCAAUGAACAAAGUGUUAUCGACUAGAAUUAGACUAACCAACUUCCAUACCAUCGAUGAUUUCGUGGCAAAGUUGAAAACUGCUAAAAAAAUUAUUGUACUAACGGGCGCAGGUAUCUCAACUUCUUUGGGUAUCCCUGAUUUCAGAUCAUCUGAAGGUUUCUACUCUAAGUUGGGAGAUCUUGGAUUAAAUGAUCCACAAGAUGUUUUCAGUUUGGAAGUUUUCACGGAGGAUCCAUCUGUCUUUUAUAAUAUUGCUCAUAUGGUGCUACCCCCAGAGAACAUGUAUUCACCUUUACACAGUUUCAUCAAGAUGAUCCAGGAUAAAGAUAAACUUUUGCGGAAUUAUACGCAGAAUAUUGAUAAUUUGGAGUCUUACGCCGGUGUAGAACCUGAAAAGAUGGUUCAAUGCCAUGGUUCAUUUGCAACUGCAUCCUGUGUCACAUGCCAUUGGAAGAUUCAAGGUGAAAGAAUCUUCCCAAAUAUCAGAAACCUACAACUUCCUAUUUGCCCUUACUGCUAUAGCAAAAGACUAGAGUUUUUCAAGACCAAGACUGAUGAAGAGCUUGCAGAUGGCGAGGAUGAUGAUAUGGAUGACCAUCAUGGACGGUCAGUACCCAAAUCUUUUGGUGUGUUAAAACCUGAUAUCACAUUUUUCGGUGAAGCCCUUCCGUCGAAAUUCCAUAGACUAAUUAGAGAAGACGUUUUACAAUGUGAUUUACUCAUCUGCAUUGGUACAUCUUUGAAAGUCGCACCGGUAUCAGAAAUUGUUAACAUGAUUCCUGCCCAUGUACCACAAGUUCUAAUCAACAAAGACCCAGUAAAGCAUGCCGAAUUCGACCUAUCCCUUCUUGGUUUAUGUGAUGAUGUCGCAGCGUUAGUGGCUCAAAAAUGUGGUUGGGAUAUACCACAUGAUAAUUGGAACAAACUGAAAAAUAAGGUAUUUGACUCCGAAGAGGUGGAAAGGGGUGUUUAUAAGGUCCACCCGUUGAAUGAAUCUCCUGCAGAACUAGAAGCAGAAGAGGAGAAGCAUUUACCCUUACAGCAAUCGACUGCUGCAUUAACUCCUCCUGUGUCACUAUCUGCAGAUUCCCCUGGCAGAUCAUCUUCAUCAUCUCCACAACCUCCAACACAAACCGAUAUUGCAAAUAAUCAAACUAGUACAUAA